GUGAUGAUGAACUGGUAUUUCCUAAACCUCUUGGGGGUAGCCCUUGUCAAUGCAGCAUGCUAUGAGCCAAAUCAGGCCUAUCCUCCGCCUAGCUAUGCCCCCGAUGACGCGCUGUUGAAGCGGACAUUCGCCUCCAUCCACGCCGCAUUGGAAGUGGUAGUAGCCGCCCCAGAGUUCGCGUCCACCUCCUUUUCUGUCGAAGUCACAUCCUCCAAGCAGUCGCUCUGGUCUCAACACCACACUGCCGUCGAACGGAACGCAUCUCGGCCCGAUAUUCCCACCGUCAACGGCGAUGCCUUGUACCGAAUCGCGAGCGUCACCAAGUCCUUCACGGUCUUGGCCCUCCUAUACCAGCAUGCGGCGGGAAAUCUGAGUCUGGACGACUCAAUUGACACGUACAUUGAGGAAUUGAGGGGAAAGGAGGCGGGGAGCAUCCCUUGGAAGGACAUUACGCUUCGCACGCUCGCUAGCCAGCUCAGUGGCAUUCCACGCGAAUUCGCACAAUCAGACCUCAUCAAUUCUCUUCCUAAACCCUGGGAGUACGGCCUGCCACCCGUCUCUCGCCACGGUUUGCUUAAAUGUGAUGAGUACAGCCAUGGUUAUGACGUCCCGUGCGACAAAGCCAAUCUCCUCCGGAGCGUCAAGUCGAAAACCCCGCUCUUCGCCCCCAACCAACGCUCAACUUACUCCAACGUUGCUUUCGAGCUUCUUGGCCUCGCUAUUGAGAACGUCACUAACCAAUCCUACGAAUCGUAUAUCAACGAUGCGAUCUUUAAACCUCUGCACAUGACCAAGAGCACUCUCUCGAAGCCCCCUGACAACGCUGGAGUAAUACCCAUGGAUCCACAGUACUGGGGCGUAGACGAAGGGAUACAAAACCCCACUGGAGGGAUUUACAGCUCCUCUACAGAUUUGUCAAAGUAUCUACGGUACAUUUUGACCCAUUACAGCGACAUUACGUCCGCAGCGAGCUGGGCGCAUCCUGCGUCUCCUGCCACGGGGCUUCAGUCAUUCUACGGCAUGCCUUGGGAGAUUUUCCAGACUAACCGCAUCCUGAUUAACUCGAGUAGAACGGUUAGAUUCAUCACGAAGGGCGGCGGACUUCCGGGCUACUUUUCUAUUAUCAUGUAUCUCCCGGAGUAUGAUCUCGGCUUCACCAUCCUCGUAGCUGGCAACAGCGCUUUGCUGAAGACAAUCCGGGAACUCGUGACGGUUGAAGUUGUGCGUGCGGCUGAAAAAAUUGCCAUACAACAACUCCAAGAACGUUACGCUGGGAAAUAUGUUUCAUCUAUGGCGCAUCUGAAUAGUUCCAUGACCCUUAUUGCCGACCACCGAGGGCUAGUAUUAGCCCAAUUGAUCUCGAAUGGAUCCGACAUUUCUGGCCCAGGAGGCCUCGCUCGAAUGUUUGCCCCGCCUGACCGGCCGUGGUAUGGGGUCCUCGUGCCGACGCUCCUCUACCGCAACGAAAAUGCACAGAAAGGAGAAAAGUGGCGCCUAAUUCUCGCUGAAGAGCGGACCGACGGGGAUCAACCGAUCUGGGAGGACUUUUGUGUAACUGAUGUUGAUGCAGCAAAUUACGGAAAUCUACCCGUCAACGAGAUCGUCUUUUGGAGUGGGAAGGGAACUGCUGUAGAGACUGUGGAACUCACUGGUUUUAGGGUUACGCUCUCUAGGCAAGACGAAGAAGAACCUAGUCACUUGUGGACUGAUGAAAGCCAAGAACCACUGGAGCUGUAACCAGCACUUCAACCCUGGAGAGCCUCCAAGCUAAAAGGUGGCCCACUUGUAGAUACUAAAAGUACCUGGGACGGUACGUUGUAGCGGGAGAGGCGCCUGACAGGCAUGUGCAUCCUGCGGGGUUUUAUCAAAGACCGCAGAUCGGGAUUUCUUACUCGUCUUGUUCUGUUUUCAAGAUCCGGGAGUUAUACGAGAACUCUCCUACGCGUUGCAAUAUCUCUCUCUGAAACUGGAAAAUGUGGCAUAGCCCUGCAUCGGACAAUCGCUGUCUCGAUCUACAGG